AUGAAAGCCAUCCUCAUACAAGACUACGUCGCAGACCCCUCAAGUCUAAUUCCUUCGGAAGUACCCACUCCCCGCCCCCACGCAGACCGCCCACUUCUAGUCCGCAUAUCCCACUGCAGCCCCCAACACGCCGACAUCCUCCACGCGCAGGGCAAACACCAGAACAAUAACCCCAAGCGCGGAUGGUGCCACCCGCCUUUCAUCCUUGGAUAUGACUUCGCAGGCGUCGUCGACUCCAUCUCACCUUCCUACACCGGAAACCUUCGAAUCGGCGAUCGCGUCUUCGGCGCAAGUAUCGGCGCGUUCGCAGAGUAUGUCGCUGUGAAGGCUGAGGCUGUGCGGAAGGUACCCCCGAGACUGAGCAGUGAGGCUGCGUGUGCGAUGGAGGGACAGGCGGUAUCGUACGCGGCCGUUGUGAAGGUGGCGAAGGUUCUACCAGGAGAUACUGUGCUUGUUAGUGGAGCGAGUGGAGGCCUGGGGAGCGCGUGUUGUACGGUUGCGAAAGCCCUUGGGGCUAAAGUCAUUGCGCUUGCGGGGGACGAAGGUAAGGCGAAGAUGAUGCGGAGGGAUAUGGGGGUUAAUGCAGUUGUUGUGGUGGACGAGGGUGGAAAGUUGGUUGAUGAGGUUAUGGGGUUAACGAAAGGGAGGGGCGUGGAUGUGGUGCUAGAUAAUACGGGUAUGGUUAAUGAUGCUAUUCGAUGUUUGGCGUACGUGGGACGGAUUGUUGUUCUGGGUUUUGCGGCCAGAAAGGGGGUCAUGGAGAGUGUGAAGAUGAAUAAGCUGCUCUUGAAAUCUGCUACGGUCACUGGGUAUAGGUUCGGAGAAGGCGGACGGCGAGAUCCGGAGGUGUUAGAAGAGAUCUGGAAAGGGUAUUUGGAAAUGAUGGAAAGUGGGAAGUUGAAGGCAAUGCUGUACGGGAAGUAUGAGGGACUGGAGAAUAUUGGUAAGGCAUUGGGAGACCUGGCAGCAAGGAAAGUAUAUGGGAAGGUUGUGGUCAAGGUUGCGGAUCUGGAAGACAAGGCGAAGCUGUGA